AUGGCAACAAAUUCUUAUGGAGAACACGGCAGUCAAAGUGCUGCUAAUUAUAUAAAUAAAAAAGGCAUUAACGAGUUGUUUGAGGGUAUAAUGACGGCUCUAAUGGUUCAUAAACCCGAUGAUCAUAUAACAUUCAUGCGUAAAUGUUUAGACAAAGUUGAUGCAGAAAAUCAUCCAGAUCGAAUUAGUGGGGAUUUUUUUAUAACAAAAUCAUCAUGUUCAUUAUUACCUCCUAUUCAUUCAAAACUAAAUGAAAGUUCUUCAUUCGAUCCGCAAUUAGUUUUACCACGGAUCGAACAUACGAAAACAAAUUCGUCGCAUAAACCUCUUAUAUUUAUUCUAAGUUCAUCAAAUUCGUUGAAAUUAUGCUCAAGAUUACUUGAACGUUAUCAUCAAAUAAAUUAUGUCUCAAUUAAUGAUCAAAGUAAAUAUCGAUAUGAUAGUAUUCAACAUGAGAUAGAACAAUAUUAUUCACAAUCAAAUGGUUUUCUUAUUACUGGUGACAUAGACGAACAAAAUUUUCUUCGACAAUGGCAAGAUAAACUCGGUCGAAUCAGUUUAAUCCUUAUCUUAUCAUCGAAUACUAAUCAUAAAAUAUCAAAUCAAACUUCGAAGAUUAUUCAGAUCGAUUCUACUAAGAAUUUUAAUGAUAUCCUUGCGUCUAUGAUACAUUAUCUAGAUAAAUUAUUUCUUCAGGAUACAUUUUUUAAUCAACGCUUUUCAACAAUGUCAAUAGAAAUAGAUCAUUUCCAUUUACCCAUAUUCUUUUGUAUUGAUAAUCAUCGUAUUGCAACAAAAGCAAAUACUGAAGAAGAUUUAUCAUUUGAUAAUGAAUUUGAAAUGGGAGAUGAGGAAAAUAAUAAUUCAUUUAUAUACACAUUAUGUCAACAUUUAGUCGAACAAUUUUCAUUUAAAUAUAUAUCUUAUGGAGAUUUAAAUAAAAAAAUUUCGAAUUACGAACAAUUAAAAAAGGAAAUUAUUGAAUCAAGGGAUAUAUGUUCUGGUUAUAUUAUUGAUUAUUUUCCAACUUCAUUGAAUGAUCUACGAAGAUUUUAUUCCGAGAUUGGUCCUUGUUCAGCAUUGAUUUAUAUUGGUGAUUAUCGAACAGGAAUAGAAUCUACUGAAGUUGAUACAAUUAUUCAAAAGUUCGAACAAAAUAAAAAAGCUCUUCAUGUUGAUUGUCGUAUGGAAGUUGAUGAAAUUUAUGAAGAUUUUAAAAUCAUGUCUCAAUCAAAUAAAGAUGCUACUCCGGAAUUGGCGAAAGAUUAUAUUUCUAAACGGAAGAUUCCUCAAUUAUUUGAGGCAUUAAUGACUGGACUUAUGGUGAAUAAACCUGAAGAUCAUAUUGACUUUCUUAUAGAAUCUCUUUCACGAUGUAAGGGUAACAAACAAUCAUUAAAAUGGGAUACGUUUGUUGGACAAAAAGGUGAUGGAAAGAAUAAAUUACCUCCAAUUGAUAUAUCUACUACUUCUGAAUCGAAAUUGAAUAAUCAAACAAAACUCAAUCCUAUUUCUAAUGGUAAACAAGAUGAAAAGCCAAAAUCUGAAUUGCCAACAUUUCCAGUACAUCAGGUACCAGCGAAACCUGAUGCUCAACAACCUCCACCAAAACCUGAACAGAAUAUAUCUGCAAAACCAGUUGAACAGUCUUCUGCACCAAAACUUGAACAACAUGCACCUGCAAAAUCUGAUGCUCAGCCACAUCCUGAACAGCAUGCGCCUGCAAAACCUGAUGCUCAGUCACAUCCUGAACAGCAUGCGGCUGUAAAAACUGACGUUCAUCCACCUGCAGUACAACAGGCUCCUGCAAAACCUGAUGCUCAGCCACAUCCUGAACAGCAUGCGUCUGUAAAAACUGAUGCUCAACCACCAGCCGUACAACAGGCUCCUGUAAAAUCUGAUGAUCAACCUCACUCUGAACAGCAUGCGCCUGUAAAAACUGAUGCUCAACCAAAACCUGAACAACAUGCAGAUGUAAAAAAUAACGACAAUGCAAAUAAAGAUCUCCUUAAAGGAAAACCACUAAUUUUCGUUGGCGGUGGACCAGGUAGUGGUAAAAGAACACAAUGUCAGAAAAUGGUUGAAAAAUAUGGUUUCACACAUUUAUCAGCUGGUGAUAUUAUUCGUGCAGCUUCAAAAGAUACAUCAACAGAAAAAGGUCGUAAUUUCAAUGAGGCUAUGCUACAAGGAAAACUUAUAUCAACAGAAGAUAUUCUUGGAUUAAUUAAAGAUGCUAUUUAUCAUGAAGCUAAAAAGGCUUCAGGCUUUUUAAUCGAUGGAUUUCCUCGUCGAAUUGAACAAGGUAUGCAAUUCGAAAAAGAUAUAGCUGAAUGUAAUGUACUGAUUUAUUUCGAUGUUCCUGAGGACGUAAUGGCUAAACGAUUAGUAAAACGUGGAGAAAGUAGUGGUCGAAUAGAUGACAAUGAUCAAGUAAUUGCAAAGCGUUUACUAACAUUUCGUGAAGAAACACAACCUAUUCUGGGUUAUUAUGGCAAACAAGGAAAGUUAAUUACUAUUGAAGCUAACCGACAAAUAGAGGAAGUAUCUGAUGAUUUAUCAAAAGCAUUCGAAGGAUUAAUGGCACAACAACAAGUAGUUAUUCCACAUAAACCCAAUAUGGACAAAUUAAAAAAUAAGAAGAUUAUUUUUGUUGUGGGUGGACCAGGGUCAGGUAAAGGUACACAAUGUGAACGAAUUGUACAAAAAUAUGGUUAUACACAUUUGAGUACUGGUGAUCUUCUUCGUGAAACAGUUCAAUCGAAAAGUGAACGAGGUGAACAAUUGAAUGCCUUGAUGAAAGAAGGAAAAUUAGUACCUAUGGAAGUCGUACUUGAUUUACUUCGAGAAAAUAUGCUUGAAAAAGCUGAAAACUCUAAAGGUUAUCUUAUUGAUGGUUAUCCACGUGAAGUUCCUCAGGCAAGAAAAUUCGAAGAAAUGAUUGCUCCAUGCAAUCUUGUCUUAUAUGUAAGAGCAAGUGAUGAAACAAUGACAAAACGAUUAUUACAUCGUGGUCAAACAUCAGGACGAGUUGAUGAUAAUGAAGAAACAAUUAAAAAACGUUUGAAAACAUUUCAUGAUCAAACAAUACCUGUAUUAGAUUUAUAUGAACGAAAAAAUAAAUUAGCUGAAGUUAAUUCUGAAUUACCACCCGAUGAAGUUUUCAAAGAAGUUCAAGAAGCACUUGACAAACUUGUUUAA